GCGGGGAGCGCCCGCCGCGCGCAGCAUGUGGCAGCCGACCCGGCCCCGGCCCCGGCCCCGCGCGCCUUGGCGCUGGGCGCUGGCGCUGCUGGCCCUGGGCGGUGCGGGGCUGUGCCACGCCGGCCCGCAGCCCUGGUACCCCGCGAGGCCCGGCGCCAGGAACAAGAACUGGUGCGCCUACAUCGUGAGCAAGAACGUGAGCUGCUCUGUGCACGAGGGGAGUGAGAGUUUUAUCCAGGCUCAGUACAGCUGUGCCUGGAACCAGAUGCCCUGUCCGUCCGCGCUGGUGUAUCGGGUGAACUUCAGACCCAGAUAUGUCACUAGGUACAAGACAGUGACACAGUUGGAAUGGAGAUGCUGCCCUGGCUUUAGAGGGGGAGACUGCCAGGAAGGUCCCAAAGACGCCGUGAAGACUCCCCGCCCCACGCCUGCUCGGCCUCGAAACAGCAUGAAGAAAGCCACAGAUAAUGAACCAAGCCAAGUUUCAGAGCCCAAGAAGACUUUGUCACCAACUCGUGUGGCAGAACCAAGUCAGGCAGUAGAUCCAAAACAGGGGCCCCAGGAACUUCAGGAAAAGAAAAUCCAGGUGCUUGAGGAGAAGGUUCUCCGACUCACAAGAAUGGUGCUUGACCUCCAGUCUUCUGUUGCUGGGGUGAAUGAAAACCUCAAACAUGCCAUUCAGGAUGAUGCCAGUAAAACUCUGGCAUCGUGGCUCAGCAGCCUGCACCCCCCAGCAGUGCCUGACAGUGUCAUUGCUGGGGACACAGAAGUGGUCCAGCUUCCUGGCAUGCCCAAUACCACAGAAUCCGGCAUGAAGGACAUCAAGUCUGAAUUGGCUGAAGUCAAAGAUACUCUGAAGACCAAGAGUGACAAGCUGGAAGAGCUGGAUGGGAAGGUGAAGGGUUAUGAAGGGCGGCUCAGGCAGCUCCAGGAGGCUGCCCAGGGCCCUACAGUGACCAUGACCACGAACGAACUCUACCAGGCCUAUGUAGACAGUAAGAUCAACGCCUUGAGAGAGGAGCUCAUGGAGGGAAUGGACAGGAAGCUGGCCGAUCUGAAGAACUCAUGUGAGUACAAGCUGAUCGGCCAGCCGCAGCGGUGUGAUGACUAUGGGAGCAGCUACCUGGGAGUGAUAGAGCUGAUUGGGGAGAAGGAAACAAGCCUGAGAAAAGAAAUAAAUGACCUCCGAGCCCACUUGCAGAAUCCUUCAGCCCUGCCGAAGUGCUGUGAUGGUGAGAAGAGUGGUGACUUUGGUCAGCAGAUUAAGACGUUAGACCAGAAAAUCGAGAGAGUCUCUGAGGCCACCAGAAUGCUGAACGGACGCCUGGACAAUGAGUUUGACCGUCUUGUAGCUCCAGAAUCAGAGGUGGAUUUUGAUGCAAGAUGGAAUGAGCUAGAUGCAAGGAUCAACGUGACAGAGAAGAAUGCUGAAGAACAUUGCUUUUACAUUGAGGAAACCCUGCGGGGGGCCAUUAGUCGAGAGGUAAAUGACUUGAAGCAGCUUCUUGAUCAGAAAAUCCAGGCUCUGGAAGACCGUCUGGGGUACGUUCUACACAUGGCCAACAGCACUGAUGCAGAAUUCACUCCCCCAGGGUCGGCCCUCCCUGGUGUGGCAGGGUCAGGGAAUGAGCAGGUCAUGAUGGAAUUAAACCACCUGAAGGACAAAGUUCAAGUUGUUGAGGAUAUUUGUCUGCAGAACUUCCAGGGAGAGCCUCACAGGACAGAAGACGCUUUGCCGAAUGGGAAAGACCACGCGGUGGGUGACAGCGCCAGCCUUUUGAAAGCUCUAAAUGACACGAUGCAUAGGAGGUUUCAAGAAACUGAAUACAGCAUCCAGAAACUUCAACGGGAUUUUAGUUUUCUUUAUUCUCAGCUAAACCGCACGAAAAACAACGUGACACAUCUUCAGAAUGAAGUGAGCGGUUGUAGAGCAGGUAUAAAUGCUGGAGCGAGUGGGUUCCCUAGGACGGGGGGGCAAGAAAGGACAGUGGAGAGUCUCCCGUCUCCCCAGGACCCCAUGGCUGAUUGCUGCGGCCAGCUGGAGGACAGGUGGCAGAGGCUCCAGAGCCAGGUCCUCUCCAAGCUGGACGGUUGUAAGGAAAACACGAAUGGGGUCCAGAGGGAGGUCUCCAUGGUGGAGGGCCGGCUGUCUCUCAUGGAGAAAACCUGCAGCAAGCUCGACUCCAUCUCCGGGAGUCUCCAGAGGAUCAAGGAGGGGCUCACCAGGCAUGUCAGCAGCCUGUGGAACUGUGUCAGGCAAAUGAAUGGGACACUCAGUUCACAUUCCAGAGACAUUGGUGGCCUCAAGAAUUCAGUCCAGCAGUUCUAUAGGCAUGUGUUCCAGAUUUCUACCGACUUGCAAGAUCUGAUCAAAUUUCAACCAUCAACAACGGAGGAGCCCUCGACAGCGCCCCAGCUCCCCACCGGAGGGAAGGCCCCACAGGCGCCAGCAGAGGCCCCCACGGAGCCACCCCCACCUCCUGAGGACACCGCACAGCGGCCCGUCUUGCCCCUGAGGCCCCCGUGGCCCCCUGAGGACACGCUGCCCCCACCGGCGUGGCCUGGCUGGCCUGGGCUGCCCUUCCUGCCCGGCUCCACUGGCGUCAUCAUGGAGACCGGGGAGGCCGGGCCCCCGGGGAGGACGGGCAUGUCAGGCCGGGGCCUGCCCCCGGGGGCGGACGGCCACACCGUCCCCAGUGCUGAAGGCUACGCGGGCGCGCCAGGAUACCCCAAGUCACCUCCUGUACCCUCCCCAGGGGUUCCAGUGCCUUCUCUGGUGUCUUUUUCUGCUGGGCUCACCCAGAAGCCUUUCCCCAGUGACAGGGGUGUCGUCCUCUUUAACAAAGUGCUGGUGAAUGACGGGGACGUUUACAACCCCACCACGGGGAUCUUCACGGCUCCAUAUGACGGGCGCUAUCUGAUCACGGCCACCCUCACCCCCGAGAGAGAUGCCUAUGUGGAAGCUGUCCUGUCGGUCUCCAACGCCAGCGUGGCCCAGCUGCACACAGCGGGGUACAAGAGAGAAUUCCUGGAAUACCACCGCCCCCCCGGGGCUUUGCACACUUGUGGAGGCCCGGGGGCAUUCCACCUCAUCGUGCACCUGAAGGCAGGGGAUGGCGUCAACAUCGUGGUGACUGGGGGCAGGCUGGCCCACACAGACUUUGAUGAAAUGUACUCCACAUUCAGCGGGGUUUUCUUGUACCCCUUCCUUUCCCACCUCUAGGGUGGCUGGGGAGAGGUAGGGAGAAAGAUAGUUGUAAAAACUCUGAAGCUUUAAUAUAUUUAGUGUAUGUAUGUAACUGGAGCACUGGUCUAGAGUUUUCUGUGGAAAUCCCACCACCUGCCCCAAGAGAAAGGCCUUACCUCGCUGUGGACCUGCCACACCUUAUAGCUUCCGGGAAGGCAGGAGUUAAACACAUGGUUAAUGUGGCCCCUGGUUUUUCUGUCACUCUAAACUGGAAAACUGGAAGACUUGGAAAGGCUCCCCUCAUCCCACGCCUGGAAGCCAGGAACAGCCCCCUCUGUCUUCCCAGCCUCCAGCUCUGGCUCCACUCCGAGGGGUCCUGGGCUGGACCUCCAUGGUGCCUCCCCGUAGGGCCAGGCCACAGGACCGCGUCCUGCUGACGGAGAGGAGCAGCUGCUGGGCUGUCGGCCGGUGGCUGGUCUUUCCUGGAGAGCAACACUGUAGCUGCUGUCUCUGUCUUCACACUGCGUGCAGCAGGAAAGUUUAAACACUGAAGUGCUGGAGUGGCCCGUGCCACCACACAGAGACCUAGAGUUGACAGUUUGGCUGUGCCACGCUCUGCUCACAACCGGCACCUGGGCCUUGUCCCUCCUCGCCGGGCCUUGGCCCAGCCGCAAAGGAGAAGGCACUAGAGCCUGUUGAUGAAGCCUGUCAGGCUCUUCACGUGACAUGUACAAUUUAAGUGCAAAGACGGAGUGUCAAUAAAGAUUUAAAACCCCA